AGUUUACUUGCAUUUCUUUUCCUACAAAACUUCUGCGAGAAGCUUUACUGUGCGCUUCCUGUGCAUGAACUGCAGCAUCAACUGGGGAAUUCUACAUCAAGUCUUUCGAAACCGAAAUUAGGUAAUGUAGACGAAACUCUGAUUUUGAGUUAAUCGAAGUGUCUCUCUCCUUUCUCCCUUUCUGUGAUUGAUUUAGAGUUCUCUGAAGGAAGUUAGGGUUAGGGAUGAGAAGGAUUUUGAAUGUGCAACAGAGGGGUUUUUUUUUUUAAAUGGGUCGUGACUUCAUUCCUCCCCCCUACUUCGUGCAGAGUUUGAGAAAAUGUCCUCGGAAGGAACAGAAAGUGUGGUUGGGAGUGAGGUGAUGCCUUUAGACUAUGGGAGCAUGGACUCAAAGAGUAGUCCAUCUCCAUCUAGGUCGGAGAAGAUGGUGGAGGGGGUGAGAGGGGAUGAGGUGGUGGAGGUUGGGGGGAACGAGGUGGUAGGGGUUGAGGGAGAUAGCAUACCCAUCACCGUAGUAGAAGUAGAGGUGGAGAAUUACGACAUCGCUUCCCGAGUGUUAGUGAGGCCAGCUGGGGUAGAGGAGAGGGCGUGCUCUGCUCCUCGGGAUCAUUGGAUGCCCAUAUACUCCCAUUAUUUGUAUGCUGGGCUUAAGUUUCUAAUUCCUGAUUUGUUAGUAGGUUUAUUGCUGGAGUAUGGUAUAGGGUUGACACAGUUGGUCUCCAACUCUAUGAGGGGGGAAAGUAGGAGGGAUAAGGGGUGGUAUUAUUUCACCCCUAGGGUAGCUAGGAAAGAGAGUAGGGCAUUGUUUACAGCGGGUUCUUCAUCCAUUAAAGGAUGGAAGGAGAAAUUCUUUUUUAUAGAUGAUACGGAGUGGGAGAGGAGGGAUGCCGAGGUGAGGGAGUUAGCAUCCUGGAAGGCUAAAAGAGCCAACCAGAAUAAAUUUAGUUUAAACGAGGAUGAGGAGGAAGAAGUAAGGAAGUUGGUGAGGAAGGGGGGAGAUUUGUUAAAUAUCAUGGACCUCACCAGCGCAGCAUGCAUAGAAGCUGCUGAGCUCUAUGGGCCAAGUGCUCUGAGUGAAGCUGAAAUGGAUCAGUUUCUGAACACUGCUGGAGGAGCAGCCAUUCCCAAGAAGCCAAGGAAGAAGUCAAGGACUUCAACCAAGCAAGUGGAUGAGGGGAGGGUUGGGAAGGAGGUAGUGCCCUUGGCUUCAGCUGAGACGGAGGAGGAGGUGCCACCGCUAAAGAGGAAAGGUUGGGAAGAGAGGAGGGCACUGCAGAAGAAGCAGAAGGUGGUGGAGGAGGAGAGGGGGAAUGAGGUUCCUGAGUUCGUACCUCAGCCUCCUCCUGUUGAGCUGAACCCUGAGCUCAAACGGUUGGAGGAGGGGGGCUGAGGUACGGGCUCCUGGUAAGGGAAAAGGCCCUGUUCCCCCGGUGGUGCCUUAGAGCAGCCUGUUUGAGGCGAAGAACAUGACAACUGUAAAUAUGUUUAAAUACUUUUUUGUUUUAAAGGGGGGAAGUAGGAGGGAUAAGGGGUGGUAUUAUUUCAC